AUGACGGAUCAAAAACAUCUCACACAAUCAUCUGAUAAUCUCAGUCCCAAUACAAUUCAUCUUUCUGACAUGCCAGAGCAUAUUCCCGAUAGACACUUCGAGGCAAAAGAAGUACCAAAAGAGGGCAUCGAGGUCUCCAGCUCAGUUCAAGUUCUACCUUCAAUUUGCGUCCAAGCCCUAGUGCAUCCCACCACGUCCAGCUCUCUUCCCACCGAGGCAAUUGACUUGACAACAUCGCAAGCACCAUCCCAGAGCCGAAUUCAGACAGCAACAAUAAUGGCCUGUCUCAUGGCAGCAGUCUUUGUCGCUGCAUUGGAUGUAACAAUAAUCGUCACAGCACUACCAACCAUUUCUCGUCAGUUCUCUUCAGACACAGCUUACACAUGGGUUGGAACAGCCUACGUCCUGACUUACAACACUUCGUCGCCAUUAUGGGGAUCCCUGUCCGAUAUCUUCGGGCGCAAACCCGUUCUCCUGUCCGGCAUCGCCAUAUUCUUCAUCGGCAGUCUGAUGUGUGGCGCUGCUCCCAGUUUGAGUAUUCUGCUUGCUGGAAGAGCGGUACAAGGUCUUGGUGGAGCGGGAUGUAUUGUUUUGGUUAACAUCUGUGUUAGUGACCUCUUUAGUCUUAGGGACAGGGGGUUUUACUUUGGACUGAUUGGAGUUAUGUGGGCUCUUGCUAGUGGUAUUGGACCGGUUAUUGGAGGGGUUUUUACCCAAAGUCUUUCAUGGCGGUAUUGCUUCUGGCUGAACUUACCUAUCACCGGGCUCGUUUUUGUACUCUUGUUGUUCACUCUAAGGCUACCCAACCCACAAACGCCAAUUCUCGAGGGCCUAGCAACAAUAGACUGGGUAGGCGCCAUUCUAAUAUCAGCAUUCUCAGUCAUGAUUCUUCUCGGUCUGAACUUUGGCGGCUCAACAUAUCCCUGGUCAUCAGCAACAGUAAUUUGCCUCAUCAUUUUCGGUGCAUCUACCUUUGGUAUAUUCAUUUUUCACUCAGCAAAGCUAACAAAAUCGCCCAUUAUUCCCCUCCACAAGUUUACAUCUGCAUCGGCAAUCUCAUCACUAUGUCUUUGUUUCACCCAUGGUAUUGUAUUCAUGGGUGUAUCAUACUAUCUACCACUCUACUUUCAAACUGUCCUCGCAACCUCGCCAUUAAAAUCCGGAAUCUACAUGCUCCCUUUCAUCAUAACAAUGACCAUUACGUCUGGUCUUACCGGCCUCUACAUCAUGAAAACAGGUCACUACAUCCCAGCAGUCUACCUCGGAAUCAUCCUCACGCCUCUCGGAAUCGGCCUCUUCAUCACCUUCCCUCCCGCAACUAACUGGAUCAAACUCAUCAUUUUCCAAAUCAUCGGCGCGGUAGGCCUGGGAUUGAACUUUGAAGGUCCGCUGCUAGCACUUCAAGCUGUUGUCGGAAACAAAGAUGUCGCAAUGGCAACGGCGACGUUUGGGUUUGUGAGGAGUAUGAGUAAUGCGUUUAGCAUCGUUAUUGGGGGUGUCGUUUUUGCAAAUGUGAUGGCGCGACAAAGACCGCAACUCGGAAGGGUGUUGGGUGAUGAUAUUGCCGAGCAAUUGGCAGGAGAUGCCGCUGCUAACAUUGGCGUGAUUGAUGGGUUAAGUGAAAGUGAGAAGGUUGUGGUGAAAAUGGCGUUGUUGAAGGCCGUGAAGGCGAUGUGGAUUUUGUAUACGGCUUUUGCUGGGACAUCUGUCAUUGCUGGCCUGGGUAUGAAAGCUCAUGUUUUGAGCAAAGAUAAUGAAGGAUCUCAAGUUGGGCUGGCGAAUCGCGGUCGUCAAAGGGAACAAGUUGACCCAGGAGCGCAAGGAGCCGGUGCCGGACAGUGA